GACAUAUUCGAGAUCCUCUGCCUGCUCGCGUUUUUCUCAGUCUGGGGAGCGUUGGCGCGGUUGGGACUCUCGUCGCUGGAAGGAUACCCCGGCGCGGCGGUCCAGCCGCUUGUCUGGGCGCAGUUCGUUGGAUGCGUGGUGAUGGGCGCAUUGGCUGAGCUGAAGGAUUUUUUCGUGGUAGCUGAUGGGCGAAAUUUACAGCUAUUCGUGGGACUAUCGACCGGGUUUUGCGGAUCGUUCACCACGUUUUCGUCAUGGAUGUCGACUACAUUUCUAGCUAUGGCAAACGCGCAGCCAUCGUACGACCGGCCGCGCGGGUACUCGGUUCUCGGUCUGAUCGACGGCAUCACGCUCACGCUCGCGUUCUCGCUCACGGGCCUCAAAUUCGGCCGCGAAGUCGGCGUCUUUGUCCGUCAUCUGUGGACAAAAUCGCUAUACGGGUUUAAUCUGGUGAGCGGGCGAAGGACGGUGCCGACGAUGAAAGUCCUUGCUGUGGGGUUGGGAGCCGGGUGUUGGAUCGGCGUGCUGCUGAUGUGUAUAUUCAUCAAGAAGUGGCGCGGGAAUGCGCUUUUUGCAGCGACGUUUGGUCCGAUGGGGACUUUUCUGCGGUGGUAUCUAUCGCGCAAGCUGAACCCUCUGAACCCGCGCUUUCCGAUCGGCACCUUCGCGGCCAACAUAUUUGGUACGAUAGUAAUCGGCUGUCUGAUGAUUGGGCAGCAGAGAGUCUACCAGCGGGCAGAUCCGACGGCAUGCCAGGUUCUGCAAGGGCUGAUGGAUGGGUUCUGCGGGUGUCUGACGACGAUCUCGACGUUUGUGCUGGAGCUGGUGACGUUAGAGAGAAGGAAUGCGUGGACGUAUGGGUCGGUGAGUGUGGUGUGCGGAGUGGUGUGUAUGUGCCUUACGGCGGGAGUUGAUCAUUGGCGGUUUAGAGCGCAUGAGGUGGUUCGCUGUUGA